GAAGAAUCUAUUACUAAGGAUAAUCUUGUCUAUUAUUCAAUUUGGAUACUAAUGUAGAAAAAAUAUUAUUUUAGUGUUUAUUGAUCGUUCUAUUUUUUCAUGAAAAAUCAAGUAACCAUUAUUCACAGCUGCUUGCUAAAUCAAAAAACUGUUUACUUGCCUAUCGUAUGAAUUCGUUCGUCUACUGCUACUGCUACUCACAUCUCUCAUGUCGUUCAUGUUUUGAGUUAUUGGAUAAAUGGCGUCAAUGUCUCCGUCGGAGCGUCGGCUACAGAAGGAGCUGAUGUCUCUGAUGAAGGAGCCGCCACCGGGUGUAGAAGUGGACGGUGACCAGGCUGAGCAAAAUUUGAGCUUAUGGACUGUUCAUAUGAAAGGUGCUGAAGGAACUUUAUAUGAAGGAGAAGUGUUCCAGUUACAAUUUAAAUUUAGUCCUAAAUACCCGUUCGAUUCUCCUGAGGUAACAUUCAUAGGAUCAAACAUUCCAGUACAUCCGCACGUUUAUAGCAAUGGCCACAUUUGCUUGUCGAUAUUGACAGAUGAUUGGUCACCUGCACUCUCCGUCCAAUCUGUCUGUCUUAGUAUUGUUUCUAUGUUGAGUAGUUGUAAAGAAAAGGUGAGUCACUUUCAAUUUGAUUGAUCAAUUCUCAUUUAAAGAAAAAAUACGUUAUGAAUAGAAUAUAGGAAAUUA